UCCAGCGCGUCGGAUCUAAGCGGUGAUCGCGUCGGUCGGCAGCAGCAUCCUCCUCUCCAAGCGCCGCGCACAGCUCACCUGGCUGCACCGCACUGAGGAUUCAUUUCUGCGUUAGUAUUCCCUCCUCAUCAGGGCGAGGAAGAAGAGGAGAACAUAGCCCAGGCAGACGUCAUUAUGCCAGGUAGAGUGUGAAAGGGAGGUGGGGGAGCAACACUGCGGGGCGUGCGUGGAGUAGGUGGCCUCUCCAUCCGGGUGAACACCUUUCCGGGCUCCAGGCGCGCACCAUGUCGGACGGCUGGAGGCUGCUGCUGAUGCUGGCUCUGCUCGCCAUUGUGGGAGUCGGCCUCGGGGCAGACACAGAGGAGCGGCUGGUGGAGCAUCUCCUAAAUCCAGCGCAUUACAACAAGCUGAUCCGACCUGCCACUAAUGGUUCUGAGCUGGUUACCGUGCAGCUUAUGGUGUCACUGGCCCAACUUAUCAGUGUGCAUGAGAGAGAACAAGUGAUGACCACAAAUGUCUGGCUCACGCAGGAGUGGCAGGACUAUCGGCUGACUUGGGUCCCAGAGGAGUUUGAUGGAAUGAUGAAGGUCAGGCUGCCCUCUAAACACAUCUGGCUGCCGGACGUGGUCCUCUACAACAAUGCGGAUGGGGUCUACGAGGUGUCCUUCUACUCUAAUGCAGUGGUGUCCUAUGAUGGCAGCAUCUUCUGGUUACCUCCCGCCAUCUAUAAAUCAGCCUGUAAGAUUGAAGUAAAGCACUUCCCUUUUGACCAGCAGAACUGCACGCUGAGAUUUCGCUCCUGGACCUAUGACCGUACAGAAAUAGAUCUCGUGCUUCGUGCUGACGUGGCCAGCAUGGACGACUUCACGCCUAGCGGAGAAUGGGACAUAAUUGCUCUGCCAGGCCGACGAAAUGAGAACCCAGCUGACCCCACCUAUGUGGACAUCACAUACGACUUCAUCAUCCGCAGAAAGCCGCUGUUUUAUACCAUCAACCUCAUCAUACCCUGUGUGCUCAUCACUUCCCUGGCCAUCCUGGUGUUCUACCUGCCGUCAGACUGCGGAGAGAAAAUGACGCUUUGUAUCUCGGUGCUGCUGGCUCUCACUGUGUUCCUGCUGCUGAUUUCAAAGAUUGUACCACCAACCUCCCUAGACGUCCCUCUGGUGGGGAAAUACCUGAUGUUCACCAUGGUUCUAGUCACUUUUUCCAUAGUCACCAGUGUCUGUGUGCUCAACGUCCACCACCGCUCUCCUACCACGCACACCAUGCCUCCCUGGGUCAAACUGGUGUUCCUCAACAAGCUCCCUGCCCUGCUCUUCAUGCGACAGCCAAGGAACAGCAGUGAGCGCCAGCGGCUACGCCAGAGGAGGAGAGCACAGGAGCAAAAGGAAGGCGGGCGCAGCGGGGAGCCGGGGGCCCUGAUGGUGGGUCUGGGACUUGGUGGUGGAGGUGGCAAUGGAGGGGGAACCACCUCAUCUGUUUUUGGGAAGGACGACGGGGACCCUUGCACGUGCUAUGUGAACCGUGCGUCUGUUAAACAGUUUGGAGGUGAACUGGUGGGCGCUGGAGGGGGAUCAAUGGACGGUCUAAACAGAGUGAGAGAUGGCCGGGAGGGUGGGUCUGGAAACCUGCCGAGGGGGAAGCAGGCAGCCGGAGGUCCUGCUUUGACUCAGGCCUUGCUGGCUCAAGCCUGUCCAGGAUUUGAUGAGGCAGUGGAAGGAGUUCGCUUCAUCGCCAACCAUAUGAAGAGCGAAGAUGAUGAUCAGAGCGUAAGCGAAGACUGGAAGUACGUUGCCAUGGUGAUCGACCGGCUCUUUCUCUGGAUUUUUGUGUUUGUUUGCGUGUUCGGCACGUUGGGCAUGUUCAUGCAGCCCCUCUUCCAGAAUUACACAGUGAAAACCAUCAACACACCGGGCUGAUUGUUCCCCAAACGGCAAACACGUAACGGACAGCUCAGCUCCCUGACCAAUCAGCACAGCAGGACAAAGGCCCAAGGUGUUUUGGUGGUGUGAGAAUGUGUGUGUGCGUAUGUGCGUGUGUGUGUGAUCAUGUACCUUGGGAUGGGGAUUUUAAUGUUAUAAUGUCUAUGGAACUGGAAUCGCACUGGUACUGAACAGCUGUCUCGUCCAUUAACUUUAUGACAACAUUUUUGCAACAAGCAAACCUAUUUUCUUCUAUGAGCAUUGAAGAAAUUACAGUGAAACUCUUUUUCCUGCAUUUUUUAUUGUUGCUGGAAAAUCAAAACAGACUGACCUCCCCUCUCUGGUGUUAAGAUCCUCCCAUUCCCCCCUCCUCAGCCUGUCAAAGAGUCUCUAAGAGUGAGGACUCUUGGAUUUUCUCCUUUUUACACCCUGCCAAACCACUCUGACUGCUUAACAGCAUCUCCACAGCAGGAAUGAGUCCAUGGUGGUGUUGAAUGAUAUUAGACAUCAGAGGGGGAAGAAAAGUUCAUAUUAAGCUUCUUCUGUUGUUUUAAAAAAAAAUCCACUGUCAGUGAACUGAUUUAGUCCGUGUUAUCAUAGCGUAGCAGCUUGCCACAAGCAUAUAGCAUUAAGUAAAUAUUAGUAUUUCUAAACAUCAGUUCAUACACAGGUUUGUUGCUGAUGGAGAAGUGACAGAGUGUUGUGCGAUUGUAAAGAUGUAAAAGGAAUGUGAUUUUAAACUGUAUGGGGCAGCCAGUGUCCUGCACACUAACCGUACGUGUGACAGCUGCAUAUUAAAGGGACAUAUAAAGAGGAUGCUAAUGCUUAAAGAAAGCUAGGAAGGAAUAAUAUUAAGAAAUCAUGCAUGGACCCAUUUUGUGUUUCUUGCUUAAAGUGUUUCAACUUGCUGUAGCAGAGGGCGCAGUUGCAGAUGAGUCCUGAAAAAUGCAGGAAUCUGAGCCAAAAUGGUGCAAUAGAACAGAAUAAGUGCUGGACACAGGAAUGUGAUUUCUAUUUAACCAGUUGGAGUACCGAGCUAAGAGGAGGUAUUGGUUGUAGGGAUGGUUGGGGGGUAAAGCAAAUCAACAGAGACUUCUGGAUUAUUGUGUGUAUUAACAUGGUUUCACAGCUGUUUGCUUUGAGUUAUCCUUCUAACCACCAGGGUGUUUGAAAUAUACCUAUUUGCUGUCUGUUCUCCUCGUUAGAGAUGCACCUACAAAAAAAGCUUGUGACCUCAUUCAGUCAAUCUCCAGCUUCAAGCCCCAGAGAGAAACUCCAAAUGUACUUAUUUACUACUUCAGUGUGGUGUUCCAAAUUAAAAGGCAGAGAAAGCACAGCAAAGCUAGAAUAUCUUUAGAGGAAACAGGGUCGUUCAUGUCAUCUGGUGAAGGUUUGUUCAGGCUGAGCAAGAAGGACUUUGCAGUAGAUGACUGGAAGGAUUACAUGUUGCUUUAUUCUUUUAAGAUUUCAAUCUGUUUGAAAACCUGCUAAAUUGGGUCAUGUUUAAAUCCUUUUAAAUGAAAAAGUCAGGAUCUAGACCAGUGAUUCCCAACCUGUACGUGUGUAAAUGUGCCCCUAGUGAUCCGCGAGUGCAUUGCAAGGGGCACAUGAAAAUAUUUUAUUCAUUUUUCUAAGGGCCAGAUUGAAAAAUUGAACAAGCUUUUAUUAACCAAAAAUAUAAGAUUUUACAGCCUGAAAGUAGCUCAGAUAGCUCACACUGAGCUGUCUGAGCUCAUCAAAGCAGCUGAGGUGUCUGGAUGAAAACAGAGUAAAACUAAUAAAGUCAGUCUGGCUGUAAUUUUUCUGUAUUUCCUUCCCAAUUCCUCAAGUUUAAAUGUGAUUAAAAGGGAGUUACUCAGAGGAGCUCCAGCUUUAUAAAACACAGGUUUAUAAUAUGUUUUUAUUUUGUAUUUAUUCCCUUU